GCUGCGAUGGCUGGUGCCAGUGCUGUGGUGGUGGGCAAUCUGCGUGUAAGCGAAGUGGUUAUCAUGCAUGACACUCGCACCGUUCACAUCCCCGCGGUGUCUGUGAGUAGGUCUGUGGCUGUGCAGAUGGAGAUUUCAGCCUCCCAAUCACAAGACAUCCUGAUCUCCAUCGGACCCCAGUUGACUAUGGUAAACUUUGUGCUAUCCGAGAUACUGCAUGACGCGGGCGUCUUCCUGAUGUUUCUGUUAACGCUCACAACGGCCAUUGCAGUAGUCUACUACUUCCGUAGGCGAAGGUUCUUGCGUGCUUUGGCACAGCGAGUGUGGGCUAAGCGUGCGCGUGUGGCAGCCGCUGUGGAUCGACUGCCUUUGGUGGUCUAUAAUGCCGAAGUCGGUGGCUUCCUCCCAACAAACGCGACAAACAACAUGAAUUUGGCGCCAAAUGUCGGCCAGCAUAGCUACACGAAUCAGAACACGCACAGCACGUCAUCGGACGAGUCCAGCCAAAGCAUCAGUCGAGCGGGUAGUCUAUGUUGUGCGUGCCACCAGAAGCUCUCCAGUACCCAUUUCACAGCCUCAAGCCGGACUUCGGCCUCGAAUUUGCACUCAACGAGUGAGUUUUGCUGCGAGAAAAAGGCCCAGAAACUGCUAAUGCCCAGUGCUGGUGGUCACACGGGUGCACCUAAUGCGAGUAUCUCGGUCGACGCCCCGGCGACUGAUACUAGUGGCUCUACAUCCGCCCAAGACACCGGCAAUACCGACUCUGUCUACAGCACCUACGGACUUCCGUACGACCACCCCGAAGCCUGUGCUAUCUGCCUCGACGACUUCACAGGCGGCGACCCGCAACGCGCAUUACCCUGCCGACACGGCACACACUUCCACCGCAGCUGCAUUGACCCGUGGCUUACGUUGCACCAGACCUGUCCUCUGUGUAAGACCAACUUCCUGAACGGCUCAGCCGUUGGGAAGGGGAAGGGCCGGGAUGGGGUCAAUGUCGAUGACCGCGAAGAGUUCUAUCGCAGCCAGCAAGACGCGGAGGAGGGGACGGCAACCGCGGGCAGGAGUGUGAGCACGGGUAACCAUGGCAACAGCGCGAAUCGAUUCGUGAGUGGGCUGCGCGGCGUGCUGCGGAAUGUGGGAGUGAGUUUGGGGGCGUCACGAACCGAUUCCGAGCGGGGUAUGAAUGGGUAUAGCGAGGGGGGAGAGCAGGAGGAGGAUGGCGACGAUGAUCUCGAUGCAGAGGUUAGCUGGGAGCAGUUGCAACAGAUUGAAGCCUUCACAGCCGACCAGGUACCGAACAGCGGACAACUGUUAACGGGCAAUCGCUACGCAUUGGUGCUGGUGGAUCCGCGCACGCUGGAGUUUGAUAUAUAAGCACACUGGGCGUGUAUAGGAAACAGGGCAGGCAUAUGCAUACGGACACACACACAGAUACAUGUACAUAUGCAUGUGUGUAUGUGUAUCUGUAUGGGGAUCCAUAUACCUUUAUUCCCCAGGUGCAUGUGUAUAAUCGUAUGCGUGUGCGCGAGCAACUGCAGCAGAUCAAAGUAUUCACGGCCGAUGUGUACCGAACUGUGCGCAGUUGCUGACAGGCACUUGUCAAUGAGCUUGUGCUGGUAGAUCCGCCCAAGCUGGAGUGUGGUAGCAGAAAAAAAUUCCGCAACGGACCGAUUCCCAAGGCCCUUUUUUUAGGUGCACGGGUGCAUAUACCACUGUGGCGAUGGAACAGUGUAUAAAACUUCGGACAUGCGUGUGUUUAUGCACGUGUAUGUGUAUAAAUGUGUUGGGGGGGGUGGGGUGUAUCGUACUCCAGUGUGUAUGUGUAUGCGUGUGGGUGUGCUUCCGACACACCCACUUUGUGUGCCCGUGUACAUUGCGGAUGGGAUGUCCUUCCACUGAGAUACACGUGCAUGUGCCUGUGCGGGUCUCAGAGAGGUCAGGGCUUCGUGUUAAGUCUAUGUUUAGUUGUACUACUAGACAAGCGAAGGGCGACUCUAAGGUCUCUGUAAGGCACCGAUGUGAUACGUAGACGAGAUGAAAAUAUAUAAACACACGCAUACCUAUGUCUGUGUGCGUGCGUGUUUGUAUGUAUACAUACAUACAUACAUACAUAACCCAUCUCCCAUCUACACCGAAUGGUACCGGGCACAUGCACGUGUCGCAGCAGAGUGCGUGUGUGGGCAAACACCACGUCAUCACAAUGUUAUACCGUACGCGGACGAGUGAGCGAAAUCAAUAAAUAGGAUACUACAUCCAAAUAUCCAAAUGAAAUACCCGAACACCGCUCAUGGCACCAGUUGUCUAUGAACGCC